CUUUUAAAAGUCAUCUCGCAACGGUUAACAUCAUUGUUUUUGUUACUUUUGAUAGUCGGAAAUAAACUAUAACCACAAUGAGUGGACGAGGAAAAACCGGUGGAAAGGCUCGUGCCAAAGCUAAGAGUCGCUCUUCCAGGGCGGGACUGCAGUUCCCCGUCGGCCGUGUUCACAGGCUUCUCCGCAAAGGCAACUAUGCUCAGCGCGUUGGUGCCGGUGCUCCAGUUUAUUUGGCCGCUGUGCUCGAGUAUCUCACUGCUGAGAUCCUGGAGUUGGCUGGAAACGCCGCUCGCGACAACAAAAAGACCCGUAUCAUUCCUCGUCACCUGCAGCUGGCGGUGCGCAACGACGAGGAGUUGAACAAGCUUCUGGGUGGCGUGACCAUCGCUCAGGGUGGUGUGCUGCCCAACAUUCAGGCCGUACUGCUGCCCAAGAAAACCGAGAAGACCGCGAAGACCAAGUAAACCGACUGGAGAUUCUCUUCAAACCAAAGGCUCUUUUAAGAGCCACCCAAUUUUUCCGUGAGAGACUGAUUUCUUUAAUCCAAUCACUAUUUAAGUUGAUAUCAGCCCAGCAUACAAUUAAAUGCGUUGUUGUACUUUUUUCAUUUUGUAUAAAUGGCUUUAUUAACUUAAUUAGAUUUGCAAGUUCCAAGUAUAUGGGCCAUUCCUGGGAUUUGGUAAUAUUUCAUCCUGGAAUAUUAUAAUAAUAAUAAUAAUAAUAAUUUUUGUUGUUGUUUUUUUGUAUAUAUAAUUAUUUUUAUUUAUUUAUUUAUUUAUUUUUUUUUUUUAAACGACAUAGGUUCUUUAGAAACUUAAAGGAUUAGUUCACCCAAAAAUAAAAUUGUCAUUUAUUACUCUCUCAUUUCGUUUUACACCUGUAAGACCUUCGCUCAUCUUCGGAACACAAAUUAAGAUAUUUUGGUUUAAAUCCGAUGGCUCUGUGAGGCCUCC